AUGUCCACGUCUACAUCCACGGCCGCAUCUACGCCGGCCUCUACAGCCACGACCCAGUCCGAGACAAAUGGGAGGUUGGAUAACAAUCACCAUUACGCGCAGCCGAAAUGGUGGAAAGAGGCUGUAGUGUACCAGAUCUACCCGUCAUCCUUCCAGGAUUCGAAUGCCGAUGGCUGGGGCGAUGUUAAGGGCAUCACUUCGCGGGUCGACUAUCUGAAGAGCCUCGGCGUCGAUGUGGUCUGGUUGAGUCCCAUCUACAAGUCACCCCAGGCCGACAUGGGCUACGACAUCUCCGACUACCGAGCCAUUGACCCAAUGUAUGGAACGCUGGAAGACGUGGACGAGCUAAUCGCCCAGUUGAAGAAGCGAGAAAUGAAGCUGAUGAUGGACCUGGUCGUCAACCACACCUCCAAUCAGCAUGCCUGGUUUCUGGAAAGCAGGUUGUCCAAGGAUAACCCCAAGCGCAACUGGUACAUCUGGAAACCGCCAAAGUCCGUCAGCGAGGCCGGCGUCCCCGAACCCCCCAACAACUGGGCUCAGAUCCUGGGCGAGGCCAAUUCCGCCUGGACCUACGACCACGAGACCGGCGAGUACUAUCUGUCACUGUUCACGCCCGAGCAGCCCGAUCUGAACUGGGAGAAUCCAGAAGUGCGCGAGGCUGUGUGGGAUGUGAUGCACUUCUGGCUCAAUCGUGGUGUGGCCGGCUUCCGGAUGGACGUCAUCAACAUGAUCUCGAAAGUCCUCACCUAUCCCGAUGCCCCUGCCACCUUGGACCCCAUCAGCCACAAGUACCAACCUGGGUCGCAAUUCUUUGUGAAUGGACCAAGAUUGCAUGAAUUUCUCCGUGAGAUGAACCGCAAAGUACUUUCGCAUUACGACACAAUCACGGUGGGUGAGAUGCCGGGGGUAUCGGAUCCAGACGAGAUUCUGCGCACAGUGGGCUCGCAGGCCGGGGAGCUGAACAUGAUCUUCAUUUUCGAUAUAGUGGACAUCGACAAGCCGAACGUGCGGAUGGCGCUGAAGGCCUGGGACGUGAAAGAACUCAAGUCGAUCGUGAGCCGGUGGCAGCGAUGCAUGAUCGAGCGCGACGGCUGGAACUCGGUCUUCAUCGAGAACCACGAUAACCCGCGCAGCGUGAGUCGGUAUGCCGAUGACGCGGACACGGUGCGCGACAAGGGCGCCAAACUGCUCGCCCUGAUGUUGACCACCCUGGGCGGCACGCUGUUCGUGUACCAGGGCGAGGAGAUCGGGAUGCGCAACGCCCCGAUCGACUGGGACGUCAGCACCGAGUACAAGGACAUUGAGACGCAAAACUACUGGAAGAAAGUCCAGCGGCUACACGGUGACGAUCAGACUCAGCUCGAUCAGGCCAAAAAGAUCAUCCAGAUGAAGGCCCGAGACCACGCCCGUACCCCAAUGCAGUGGUCCCGCCAGGAGAAAGCGGGCUUCACCGAGCCCGGCGUCCAGCCUUGGAUGCGCGUCAUGGACGACUACGCCGAAGGCAUCAAUGUCGAGGACCAGAUGCAUGUUGAUAAUUCUCACGAACUGUCCACCUGGCAAUUCUGGCAACGGGCCAUCCGGCAUCGCAAGAAGCAUGCAUCCGUUUUUGUCUAUGGAGACUACGAGGAGGUCGCGCACGAACACCCCGACGUGUUUGCAUAUAUCCGCACGGGUUCUUCGCCCGCCGAACGCUGGCUGGUGAUCAUGAACUUCUCUGGCAAGAACGUCGACUGGAUUUUACCCGAGACGUUGGGUAUAGAGUUGUGGCACAGCGGUAACUAUGUCCGGGGCCAGCCGGACAAGCCGCAAAAGGGGAAGAUUCCGCUUCAAGCAUGGGAAGGGCUGUUGGCCAAGUCAAGGUAG